CGGAGAAACAAAAAGUGUAUAAACUCUCUUUUUCUCAUUUCUAUAAUUCUUAGUUUCUCUUUUUCUCACCCCCCUCACCUUUUUUUUUUUUUCUUUACCCCCGUUCUUUCUUCAAAUGACCGGUUUUGGAAGAGCUUUACGUACUGAAUUCCUUUUAGAAGAUGGUUAUACUCCUUUAAAUCAUGGUUCUUUUGGUGUUUGUCCCAAGAGUAUACGACAAUAUUUACAACAUUAUCAGUUACUAUCAGAACUGAAUCCUGACAAGUUCUUACGCCUUGAAAUGUUUCCUCUUCUUCAAAAAAAUAAGAACCGUCUGGCUGAAUUACUUCAAUGUGAUCCUAAUGAAUUAGUUUUUGUUAUAAAUGCAAGUUCUGGUAUCAAUGCUGUUGUUAGAAGUCUCAUGCUUCGUCCAAACGAAAAGUUAUUAUGCUUCAGUACCGCAUAUGAUGCCGUGGAGAAGACUUUACACUAUGUACAAGAUGCCCAUCAAGCCGAACUGAUUCCAAUCCAACUAAAUUAUCCUAUGAGUGAUGAUACUAUUUUGGAAAUUAUUCAACAAACUAUUGUACAACAUCAUCUUCCUUCAUCACCCAUCAAACUAUGUGUAAUGGAUGCUAUUACUUCAGUACCUGGUGUACGUUUCCCUUUUGAACGCGUUGUCAAGUUACUUAAAGAAUAUGAUAUUUUAUCCUUGGUGGAUGGUGCUCACGCUAUUGGUCAAAUACCUUUGGAUCUACAUCAAAUUGACCCUGAUUUUUUUGUCACUAAUUGUCACAAAUGGCUCUUUACUCCUCGUGGUGCUGCUAUUCUCUAUGUUCCUCGAAGAAACCAGUAUAUGAUUCAUCCUACUAUUAUCAAUGCCGCUUAUCAAAAUCAUCCUGAUUCUCAACGUAAUGAUGAUGUAUCAACCGCUUUCCAACUGGAAUUUUCUUGGCCUGGUACUAUGGAUUUCAGCUCCUUUAUGUGUAUUGAACAUGCUUUGGACUUCCGUGAAACUCUAGGUGGUGAAGAAAAGAUUCAACAAUACUGUCAUCAAUUAGCUGUGGAUGGAGGAAGAUUGGUUUCUGAGAUACUUGGAACGAAUGUAAUGGAAAAUGAAGAGAACUCACUAACAGUUGCCAUGGUGAAUGUACGACUCCCACUCAAUCCUCAUGAACGUUACUCCGGUCAGGAAGUUGUCCAGGCCAUUAUAUCCAAAUUACUUUAUGAACACAACUGUAUGGGAUCACCUUUCCUCCAUAACAACACAUGGUAUGUCCGACUUUCUGCUCAAGUAUACACCGAUAUGGAGGACUUUGAAGUCAUUGGAAAAGCUUUGCUCAAGGUAUGUCAGGAAUUGGAACAAUGAUUUAUAGCUAUUAUCCAUUAGUGUAUUUUAUUAGUCUACAAUUUCACUAGUUUAGUACAUGUAUUAUUUAUUUAUUCUAUCUACCAAUCAAAUAAAAUGGUUUCAAUCAUUUGCGAUAUUCGAAAUAUAUGUAUUGAGAGCAAGGGUCCAUAAAGUAUUGAUUUAGAAUCCAUUGUAUCA